AUGGCGAGAGUCCAGGCUCCGCCAAUUCUUGCACAAAUCCGAGCAGCCAAGACCCCCGCAGAACAAGCAACGGCGUUACGCGCGCUCCGGGAUGACAUUGUCGGGCACUCCCAGCGCAAAGAGCAAUGGGUUCGGGAUGGGAUUCUGGAGCCGCUCGUCAAGACCCUCGCUGAUAAUGCUCCAUUGCAAAAACGGCCCAGUGGGGGGCCGCAGGUCGAGGUAGAUCCAGCUACGGGACUUGGAGAGGAAGAAACCGUGCGACUGCUGUCGCUACAGCUACUUGCGAGCUUCACAUACAAUGGCACCCAGUUUCUCGGAGCCCUAAAAGCUGUCGACAUAUUAUCCGCGCUCAUUCCGUUCCUGUCCCCUUCGAUAAACAGUCCCCCCGUGGUGUUGUCGGCCCUGCGAACCUUGAGCUCCUUCGGCGAAGCCACACGAAUUGCACCCCGAGGUGGCGACGACACAACAUAUAUUGCUGACGCCUUGUUUUCCCCUAGCCCACUUACGGCGCUGUGUGAUAUCCUUUCGCAAACAACACGGGGAAAUGUCGUAGUACGGGAGCAGAAAGAGGUGGUAGGCGACAUGAUCAGCUGGUUGUGCAAGACACCAGCUCACCAGACCGCUCUGGCGGACUCGGGCGUCCUAGAUGCGCUCGCCACCGUACUAGCCAGCUUUGUGGUCGCCAGAGGAGAGGUUAUCCCAGGGGCGUUGUGGAGUGGGCAAAGCGACGGUUUGGCCGAGCUGAUCCCACCGCCCGCAGACGGACAUGCCGACCUGUCUUCGGUUCUGGAGGCGCUGUCGGCCGUUGUGGCCAACUCACGCUUCCGUGCGUGCCUACUACUCUACUCGCCGGCCCUCAUAGCCGUCUUCCCGCACAAUGGACUUGCGCCGCCCAUACCGCCGGCGGGGGUGAGCGAAGCGUGGCUAGCACUCGUUACGAGCGGCCUUGUUGAUACGGAUUCGCGAGACCGGGGGCCCAUGGACUACUUGCUGCCGACGGUGCUGCUCCCCCAGUCCAAGAUCCAAGCCCGGAGUUUCCGAGAUUACCCCCCAUUGGGCUUCUCCAAGUCGCGCGAUAACCUCGCUGCUGCUGCCACCGGCCGACUCCCGACGUAUAAGUUUACCGGACUAAGCUUGGGCAGCUCAGAAGGUUCCGCGGAGGACGAGACCACCGAAGAGCCGGAAAGCCCCCUAAUUCCAUGGCUUAUCCACAUCAUUCGAUCCGGCUCGGCGAUGGAGAAGAUCGGGGCUGCGUCCCUCCUCGCCUCGCUGUUCAAGGCCGGGUUUGCGGGCCCGGAACGGGAACAUAUGAUGGGCGUGCUUGUUAUUCCGAUCCUCUGGGACCUCUUGGAAUACUACCCCAAGGAAAUCCCGAAGGGCGCGCAGCGGUCGACGAUUAUUAGCGACGAUAUCGCUCACGAUCUGUACAUUCAACACCGGACACUCGAUGUGCUAGCCCGACUUGUUGGGGAGAGCGAGGUGCUGCAGCGGGUCGUCUUCGACUGUGGCGUGAUGCAGGAGGUAUACACCAGCCUCAAGUCGUCGUACGAGCCCCUGGAAAGCCCUCACCCGCCGCCGACGUGGUCAUCCACUCCCAGCCACGGUAGCAAAGCCGGAGACAGACGCGUCCCGGCUAGUUGCCGGGUCGGCUCGCCUGGUCAGGUACCGGCGUACGUCCACCGAAUAAGGAUACGGGAAAGCGCUCUCAAGCUUGCGGCUGCUAUGGCUACGCUCAGCAACGACUACAGGGAGGAAUUGGUCAUGGACAGGGUCACGCCUUAUCUGGUGGAAUCACUUUGCCCGCGGCCCGGGAAGCCAAAGGGACCCAAGGAGCAGCCGGGGUGUGUAAAUGCGGCCGAGGACGGAGCAGACUCUGGGGGGCCGUCGGUGUACGGGUACAACACUAAGCCGAUCCUUAUCGCGGCGUGCCAUGCGAUCCGAGCGUUGGCGCGGUCGCCUAAGAUUGUGCGUACUACGCUACAAGACCAUGGCGUCGCCCAGCCUAUCCUCAAGUUGCUGCGGCAUUCCGAUAUGGAGGUCAAGAUUGCGGCUUCGGGAGCGGUUAUUAACCUGCUGACUAACUGCAGUCCUAUGGUGACGCACCUAGUCGACCUUGGCAUCAUUCGGAUCCUAUGUGAGCAUGCGCACUCGCUCAACCCCGGCUUGCGACUCAACGCGCUCUGGGCUCUCAAGCAUCUCGUCAUGGACCCCGACCACGAGUUGAAGAAAUUCUGCCUCGAAGAGCUCGAGCCGGGCUGGCUCCUCCAGCUGAUUAGUGACGACACCGCCGAGGAAGAGGCCCUCCUGCGCGCUAGAGCUCCGUCGCAGGCCGGACGGCGGCGGGCUCGCGAUGCCGAUGACGAUGAGGACAUGGAGGGUAACAACAACAGCCACAACAACGGCACCGACAACCCCAACAGCCCUUGGAUCUGGGCCCCGCUCCGACGGCCCUCAGCAUGGAGCUCAGCCCCGCGCAUCCAACAAGCACUCGAGACGCUCACGGCGCUACGCAACGCAGAGCUCAACCCGACGCGCCUGGCACGCGCCGAUAGCGUGGCGAUCCAGGAGCAGGCCCUGGGGUUCCUCCGCAACCUGGUCGUGGCCACGGACUCUUGGUCCCAAACCGAUAUGGUCGACUAUGUCCUCACCGAGUUGGGCCAGGACCGGUUGUUUUCGCUGCUGGCUGAGAAAUUGAAGAUGCGCGUUGUUGGUGGGGCGACAAGACGGUCUGCGUCCCGGUCGGCGUCUGCGUCUGCCUCGGGGAUCCUCUACCCCCAACCCCGCAUCGUCGAGAACCUAGUCACAUUCCUAGUCAAUAUUGCCGCCGGCCAGCCGCGGCAUCGGCAGCUGAUUAUUUCGCAGACUGAGUUGCUAAGGUUGUUGCAUGGGCAUAUGAGUAGUCCGAGUGCGGGGGUGAGGACGAUGGUGUGUCAGUUGGCGGCGAGUUUGUGUUGGGCGGAGGAUGAGGGGGAUUUGGGUGCUGUGCUGGAACGACUGGGGUUUGUGCCGAAACUGGAGGCGUUGGUCGGGGAUGAGGAUUUGGGGGUCAGGGAACGGGCGAAGUUGGCGCUGGCGCAGAUGAAAGCGCCUACGGCAUAG